AUGGUACAAACCCAGAUCAAUUAGAAUUUCCUGCAGGUUUAUUUAUCGAACCUAAAACACAAAUUUUAUAUGUUGCUGAUGUCUCCGGUAAUCGAGUACAAAAACGUUAUCCAAAUGGUGAAAUCAAAACAGCUGCUGGCCAGGCUAAUGGUACCGGUGGAUCAACAUCAGACAAAUUAGAUGGUCCAAAAGAUAUUUUUGCAGAUGAAAAUGAAAAUAUCUUUAUUGCUGAUUGGAGUAAUCAGAGGAUUCAAUAUUGGGAUAAAGAUGCCAAACGGGGGAAAAUAGUGGCUGGGAACGGCAUUAGAGGUUCAGCAUUAAAUGAAUUUAGUUAUCCAAGUAGCGUUGUGCUCGAUUCAAAGAAAAAUAUAUUUGUUGCCGAUUUGCAAAAUCAACGUGUAACAAGUUGGUCAUCCACAUAUGAUCCAAGAACAUCUAUUGGUACAAUUGUAGCAGGUGGUAAUGGUAAAGGUCUCAAUCCAAAUCAAUUAAAUAAUCCAACUGGUAUAUAUUUAGAUGAACCAAAUAAUACCUUAUAUAUAUCAAACGAAGAAUCUCAUUCAGUAACACAAUGGCAAAUGAAUGCUUAUGGAAAUAAAAAUAUUUAUGCAGGAAUUCCUGGCAGACCUGGUAAUAGUGCAGUUCAAUUAAACAGUCCUCAAGGUCUAAUUCUUGAUAAAUAUGGUAAUUUAUAUGUCACCGAUUGUGAAAAUAACAGAAUACAAAUGUUCUGUCCGGGUUCUGUUUAUGGUAUAACAAUUGCAGGAACGGGUCACAUGGGUAAUGGUAGUAAUGAAUUAUAUCUUCCUCGUGAUGUGGCAUUUGAUUCAGAAAUGAAUUUAUAUGUUACAGAUACAUAUAAUUAUCGUAUACAAAAGUUUCAAAGAAUACAAUAA